AUGAUUUGCACAUUUGCUCUCGGCACGCUAUGGUCGUUUCUAGUCCCCUUGUUACUUGCACCCCUGAUAGAUGCAGCUCCAACGGAUGGUAAGCUUCCCUCGUUCCAGUCGCAGUCGUCCCAGCUUAACCUAGAGAUUGUAGUUCCGUCGGCGGCUUCAUUCUAUGUACACAGCUUACCAGGUUUGCACCAAGAUGAGGCUCAUCCUCUGCGAAUAUUCUCAGGUCACCUCUCAUCCGACCCUGAGGCUGCGAAAGCUUCCCCGAAUGAGGUUACUGCGCAUCUAUUCUUUGUGAUGGUCAAAGCACGGAGAACGGCGGAUAAGGAGCGUUUGAUGUUCUGGUUCAAUGGUGGUCCAGGCUGUUCCUCCUUUGACGGACUCAUGAUGGAAGUCGGCCCUUGGCGCUUGGACGGCAAAGGAGGGAUGAACAGGAUAGAAGGGGGCUGGGAGGAAUAUACCACAAUGGUUUACAUUGAUCAGCCGGCAGGGACGGGCUUUUCGUAUACCUCUACAGAUCAUUAUAUGCAUGAACUUUCGGAGGCGUCCAACCAGUUGAUCGAGUUCCUUCGUAAUUUCUACAAAGUCUUUCCGGAAUAUCAGACCGUCGACACCUACCUGGGUGGCGAGAGUUUCGCUGGGCAAUAUAUACCUUACUUUGCGGACGCUAUAUUGAACUCCAAUUUGAAAAUACCCUUGCGUGGGGGAGCCAUCGGAAACGGAUGGAUUGAUGGUCGUCACCAAUACCCCUCAUUCCUAACGUAUGCCGUCAAGCACGGCUUGGUUGAAGAAAACUCAGAGGACUGGAAGCGUGGCAAGGCUAUCACCGAUAAGUGCAUGGCGGAAUAUGCGAAGGUCACGACGAUUGAGCCUGUCAAUAUCGAUAUAUGUGAGGCUGUCAUGAAGGAAGUUGUUAAAGGCAAGGACAGGAAAGUCAAUGGGAAGGACAUGUGUCUCAACAUUUAUGACGUUAGGCUCGACGACGAAGCUCCUGCAUGUGGCAUGACCUGGCCCCCAGAUCUUGCCCACAUGUAUGCUUAUCUGGCCCGUCAAGAUGUUGUCCGUGCUCUGCAUGCAACUGCCGCGUCCCAAACCUGGACGGAGUGCAGAGGCAUCAUUCACUCUCAGUUUAGAACGCGGACGUCCCAGUCUUCUAUCAAAGUCCUCCCCAAGGUGUUGGAGAGAAUCCCAGUUCUACUGUUCGCGGGCGAUCAAGACCUGAUUUGCAAUUACGUUGGGAUCGAGAGCUCAAUUCAGGCUAUGACUUGGAAUGGUGCCACAGGCCUUGGUACGGUACAGACACAGUCGUGGUCGGUAAAUGGAACUGCAGCAGGGACAUGGGUCAGCUCAAGGAACUUGACAUAUGUGAAGCUUUUCAACGCAUCACACAUGGCACCUUACGAUGUCCCGCAUGUCGCACAUGAUAUGAUCCUGCGUUUCAUGGGCGUUGACUUCAGCGCCAUCGUCAAUGGAUCGGCUAAAAUUCCUAGUGCCGUAGGCGACGCAAGCAAACCUGUACCUGCUCUGUUAGAUGGGGCCCCGACUGUGACACCUGUACCUGCGAAGACUCCAGAACAAGAUAAGGCCAUGUGGGAAGCAUACUAUAAUGCUGGCUCAGCUGCUAUGGUUCUCGUCAUAAUCGCCUUGGCCAUCGGUGGUUACCUCUGGUGGCGAACAAGACGCAAUCGCAUGCGGGGACUACCACCUGCGUCGACACAUGAGGAGAACAUUCCUCUGAAUGCGAGUAUGGCCGAGUCGAAAGAUCAUGACGACGAAGACGACGAACAAUUCAGACAGCAGGACAAGGGCAAAGGGCGUGCUCAACUGCUAACACCUGCGGAAGCUAUUUUCAGUGUCGGGGAGAGCGACGAUGAGGACGACUCGAGAAGUACUAGGAUAUAA